UUAAAACGUAGGUACAAAUUUCUAACUAUGAGAAGAUUGAUAUAAUUUUGCAUUCUUAGGCUAAUUUUUCUUUAUAGGUGAUUUCUAGGAGGUACAGAAAUCUUUGAAGGGCUUUGUACCAUAUUGAAGGAUGGCAGAAGCAGUGUUGAUUGAUUUCUUUGGUUUGAAAUUUAACUCUCAGAAAAAUAGUCAUCAGGCAUUACUGAAGACAUUGAAUGCUGUCCGAUACCACCAUGCUGCCAAGGCCAAGUUUCUUUGCAUAAUGUGUUGCAAUAACAUCAGCUGUGAAAGGAAUGGUGCACAUAAUAACUGUGAAUUAGAAGCAAGCAAUGGAUUAUCAACUCUCCUGAGAGAAUUUGAGACUGUUAGCAAUCCUAGUAUGGCUGCCUCCUUGUAUACUAUUAAGCAGAAAAUUGAUGAAAAAAAUUUGAGCAGCAUUAAGGUAAUUGUACCCAUGCACCGGAAGACAUUACUGAAGGCUUUUAUUGAUCAACUCUUCACCAGUGUUUACAGUUUUGAGUUUGAAGACUUACAGGUGACUUUGAGGGGAGUUCCUCUGAAACAAUCCACUGAAAUAGACAUGAUCACAGCUCAAGAAGUAGAAGCAAUCCAGAAUGAAAUACAAACAUAUUUGAGAAGUCUGCCAGCACUGAAAGGAGAGUUAACCAUUAUCACAUCUCCUUUGAUCUCAGAUAUUUUCUUACAUGGAUUUACUACAAGAACAGGUGGAAUAUCUUACAUCCCAACUCUUAGCUCAUUCAAUCUCUUCAGUAGUUCCAAAAGAAGAGAUCCCAAGGUCGUUGUUCAAGAAAAUCUGCGUAGGUUGGGGAAUGCUGCAGGAUUUAAUGUGGAGAAAUUUUACCGAAUAAAGACUGAUCAUGCCAGUGACGUCUGGAUUAUGGAAAGGAAGGAACCUGAAUCUUAUGAUGGAAUCACCACAAAUCAGAGGGGAGUCACAAUAGCAGCUCUUGCUGCUGACUGUAUACCAAUUGUUUUUGCUGAUCCUGUCAGGAAAGCAUGUGGUGUUGCUCACUCUGGUUGGAGGGGUACUUUGUUAGGUAUUGCUAUGGCUACAGUGAAUGCUAUGAUCACAGAAUAUGGCUGUAGUUUGGAAGACAUUAUUGUUGUACUAGGACCUUCAGUAGGACCUUGCUGUUUUACUCUGCCAAGGGAAUCAGCAAAGGGAUUUCAUAAUCUUGAUCCUGAAUGUGUACGGUUAUUUGAUUCACCAAAUCCCUGUGUUGACAUUCGUAAAGCCACCAGGAUUCUUCUAGAACGGGGAGGAAUUCUACCACAGAAUAUCCAGGACCUGAACCAAGAUCUUAACCUCUGUACAUCCUGCCAUCCUGACAAGUUUUUCUCCCAUGUCCGAGAUGGCCUUAAUUUUGGUACACAGAUUGGCUUCAUAUCAAUUAGAGAAUGAGAUACUUGACUGGAUUUUUAUACAACUAUUUCUUGUCUCCUUCUAAACUGACUACAAGAGAG